GGAUACCGAUGAAGGCGAUGAAAAGAAAAAACCAUUAGUAGAUAAACUACCAAGACCAAGAGAGGUUAAUGAUGGUGAUGACGAUGAUGGUGGUGGUGGUGAAGUUGAAGCUGAAGUCGAAGCUCAUGCAGAAGAAACAAAGAAAGAAGAGGAUUAUGGAAAUAAUUCUCCCGUGGUAGUUAGAUUAACUCCGAAACAAAUGUCUGGGAGACAAGAAACCGAGGUUAAACACAUCGUUUUUGGGAUAGCUGGUUCAUCAAAUCUAUGGCACAUCAGAAAAGAGUACAUUAAGAUAUGGUGGAGGCCUAACAAAACAAGAGGAGUAGUGUGGCUAGAUCAGAAAGUGAAAACUCAAAAAAAUGAGGGCUUACCCAACAUUCAUAUCUCUGGGGACACUUCAAAGUUUAGGUAUACAAAUCGUCAAGGACAAAGAUCAGCUUUAAGGAUAUCAAGGGUGGUGACAGAGACAUUGAAACUUGGGAUGAAGGAUGUGAGAUGGUUCGUGAUGGGCGAUGAUGACACCGUGUUUAUGGUUGAUAAUGUGGUUAGAAUUCUUUCUAAAUACAACCAUAAUCACUUUUAUUAUAUUGGAAGCUCAUCCGAAAGUCAUGUUCAGAACAUGCAUUUCUCAUAUGCCAUGGCAUAUGGUGGUGGAGGAUUUGCCAUAAGCUACCCACUUGCCCAAGAAUUAGCAAAGAUGCAAGAUCGUUGCAUUCAACGAUACCCUGCUUUGUAUGGUAGUGAUGAUAGAAUUCAAGCUUGCAUGGCCGAGCUAGGUGUGCCUCUAACAAAGGAAGCUGGCUUUCAUCAGUAUGAUGUGUAUGGAGACCUGUUAGGGCUUUUAGGGGCACAUCCAGUGGCACCACUUGUAUCACUACACCACCUUGAUGUAGUGCAACCGAUAUUCCCAAGGAUGACAAGAGUAUCAGCCUUAAAACACCUGAUGAAAUCAGUGAAUGAGGACUCAGGCAGCAUAAUGCAACAAUCAAUAUGUUAUGACAGACAUAAUUAUUGGUCAAUAUCUGUUUCGUGGGGGUAUGUGGUUCAAAUCCUAAGGGGAGUAUUGUCCCCUAGAGAAAUGGAGAUGCCAUCGAGAACCUUUCUGAACUGGUAUAGAAGAGCCGAUUACACUGCAUAUGCUUUCAACACAAGGCCUGUUGCCAGACACCCUUGUCAGAAACCCUUUGUUUACUACAUGACCAACACUCAUUUCGAUUCCACCACAAAACAAGUUAUUGGUGUUUAUAAUCAUGACAAAUCCAAACCCCCUUUCUGCCGAUGGAGAAUGAAUUCACCAGAAAAAAUAACCUCUGUUGUAGUAACGAAAAAACCAGAUCCCUUACGCUGGAAAAAGUCACCAAGAAGGGAUUGUUGUAGAAUAUUAUCGCCACAGAAGAAAGCAACUACUCUAUACUUAUGGGUGGGCAGUUGUCAAGAGGGCGAAGUCACUGAAUUGUAGCAUGUGAACCCUUACAAUGUUUUCUCUUUUCUCAUUCUUAUUUUUAAUACACUUCAAG